GAAGAAGCUUGUCCCGGUCCUCGGCGACAUGACAAGCUUCAUGGCUUCGCCUGGUAAAUACCUGGUGCAUCGUGACUUCCACUUCCAGGGCGUCAGUGUCUAUAGGGAAGGCGCCGUUCUCCACACCUCCCAUCGCGUGCACGAGCAGGUUUCUUUGUCUUUCCAGGCUGCUGCGCGGUUCACGCGCGUGUUCAAGGUGUGUGAAGUGGCCGAAAACGCAGCCGGGUCUUGUCUUGAAGAUGAUUGCAGAACAGUCUUCGGCGGCUGCGACGAGCCAGAAGCAACACUGGCAGAAGCAGCGGCCUUUUCUCCUCCUAGCCCAGCUGUUGGUGAUCGCGUCAUGGUGCUGCAGCCCUUCUGGCUGGAGUGCGUCCUCAACGGCUCCAAGACACUGGAGCUGCGGGGACGGCCUGCCCGGCUUGGGUUUGUCUGGCUUGGCUUGCACGGCAGCGUCCGCGGCAGCGCCGCCAUCGCAACGUGCAAGAAGAUCUGCGAGGAAGAGUUUCAAGCUCUUUCUUCUUCCCAUCAGAUGAUCGCAGAGCAUAUGCCUUAUGCCGUCACUUGGGCCUUAGGCUUGGGAAAUGUGCGCGAGCUGGAAACGCCAAUCCCCUACUUCCGGCUCCGGGGGGCAAUCGGAUGGAACGUGUUCCGCUUGCAGCCUGAAGAUGCGCCACCAAAGCGCCGCAGGGUCGAGCAGGGCCUGCACAAGCGCCCCGCCAUGGCCGCUGCGGCCGAAACGCUUCCGGACGACAGCGCGCUCAGCUUUGGCACUUACAGCAAGAAGCUCGCGCUUCUCCAGCAGGCGGACAAGAUGGCUUACAAGGUGCGCAGCAGCCGCAACUGGCCGAGGCCUGGAUAUCUGCAAAAAGAGAUGUCUACAACCGGGCUCGCGUGCCUCAAAGCUUUGUCAAGCGAGCUGCACGCUGAAUGGUCCCAGAAGCCCCGCAACGAACCUCUCAUUUGCGCAAAGCUCCAAUCCAUGCCGGCCAGCAGUGUGAAAACGCUGGCCAUGGCACACUUGACUCUGAGCGAAGCGGAGAUCAAAAGCAUGUGGCAAGCUAACUCCUCAGAAGCAGCGAAGUUAGGCACACACAUGCACCUCCUCUUCGAAGUCUUUUUGAACCGGGGCAUCGUGCCUUUGCAAUCUAUGGAGUUCCGAAUGCUUCUAAAGUUUCUGAGCACCUUGGGGCAUCUUCGGGCCUACAGAACAGAGUGGCCCAUUUUUGCUGAGCGGGAACUACUUGCCGGCACCAUUGAUUUUGUGGCCAUUGGCGCUGAUGGCAAGCUUGCUCUCUUCGAUUGGAAAAGAACGCAAGCGCUGCGCACAAAAUUUUCCAACCGCUUCGGAAAAAUGGAAAGCCCGCUUGACACGUUGGAUGACUGCGCAGGUAACCAUUACCGCCUGCAGCUGAACAUUUACAAAUACAUUCUAGAGACGUACUACGGCUUGCAGGUUGCUUCCAUGUACAUUGUCAGUUGUCACCCAGACAACUGGCCCGAGGCGUUUGUCGACAAGGUCCCGAACCUGGGCUCGCAUGUUCAGGAGAUCAUGCAAAAGCAGAGGCAGAAGAACCAUUCGCUUGCAAUGACGGUUCCAGUGAUUGCCAGCGAAGGCAGCGUCAACUGCACCAGUGAUAUAGCAGGCGGGCGGCUUUUGGAGUUGCCUUGCGAGGUGCUGAAGCUGAUUCUUGUGCACGCGUGGGGAGCUUUGCGCGCCGUGGAAACCUCUUACAGUCAGCUUCACUUGCUGCACCAGCUCCACGAGCGUUUGACGUUUGGAUGGCCCAGUCGCUCCUUCGGGCAGCGCAGCAGCCCGCACGGCGCUCUAUGGUCUGAAGCGAUGUGCGACGGCUGCUUGUUGGUGUCACAAAUGCAAUGA